AUGUCUGAAGCUGAAUUACCUUACUGUGAUCCUGUGGAUCAGAAUUUGAAGUCGACGGAAGGUAUUGCACCAACAGAAGAUUCCCACAAUUCAACAGUCUUGAAAGAUACAACAAAUAUAAUUACUCCAACUGAUCCAAAAUCUAUUGCAAAUUCUAAUGCUGGUGAAGGUUUAACAGACGAUAAAUUGCAACACGUCAAAGUUUCUCAUUGGGAUGCUGAAGAAUUAAGAUAUUUUUGUCAAAAACUGGCUGGACUUUCAGAAUAUAAAGUUCCAAAUAAGAGUAGACUAAAUAUGGAAGGAAGAAAGUUGUUGGGAGAUUACAUGUCUCAAAGAUUCCCAUUAGCAGCCAAGGCUAAAAAAUUUGAACCUCAAAAGAUUGAACAUGAACUUUCAUUAUUAGUGGAUGAUUAUAUCAAUGGGUUUUUAGCUGUCAAGCAACAUUCAACCAACUCAACAUAUUCACCUGAAUUGAAUCAUUUUGUUUACAAUACAAUGAAUCCAGUUGAAACAGAGGAAUAUAAAGAAGCAUUGACAAAUGAAAUCCUGAACCUUACAGCCACACCUCAUGAAAAAAGGGAAAGGCUCAAAAGAACAAGAAUCCAUAGAAUGUUUCAUGAUGAUGUCUCAAUCUAUCUUGAUGUUGGUAAAUUCUUAGGUAUUGACAACAAUGAACAAUAUAAAACCACUAGUGUCAAUUCCCCACCGCCACAACAACAAGCAGGGCCUGUAAACCAAUGUGAUAGCAUGAAUGAAUGGAUUGAGCAUUUGAAAAUGAAUGAAGAAAAAGAACAAGCUGUAUUUCUUUCAUUUUUGAAAUAUUUACUUUCAGAGGAAAUGAUUACAAGAGAUGAUCUAUUUAAAUUGAUAAUGAAUACUAAACCUACUGAUCCAUUAAUGAUACUUUGCACCAAUGAAAAUAUAGGUAUUGAUGAAAAAUUGACAAUGCUUAGAGAAGAUUUGGCUAGAUUGCAAUAG